AUGAAGACAAAGACUGCGAUCGAGAUGAAAUCCGACGGGUGCGAAGAUUAUGGGCUUGGUAGCCUUGAGAACGAUGACAAGAGCCUCAUACGCAAGAUUGACUGGCAGAUUCUACCGAUUAUGUUUCUGACCUAUUUUCUUCAGAUGAUUGACAAGAUUUCUAUCAAUUAUGCGAAUGUGAUGGGAAUUCAGGAAGACUUGGGUCUCGUUGGGAACGACUUUUCAUGGCUUGCAACUGCAUUUUUCAUAGCAUAUGCAUUAGCUGAAUUGCCACAGGGAGCUUUGCUCCAAAGAUUUCCGGUCUCAAAGGUAUUAGGUGUCAAUGUUCUUUGCUGGGGUAUUAUUCUAUGUUGUUCAUCGGCGACCAAGAAUUUUGCUGGUAUGCUUGCAUUGCGUGUUAUGCUCGGAAUGAUGGAAGCAGUGAUAGCUCCGGCUCUCACCAUUUAUACCAGCAUGUGGUACACUCGAGCGGAGUCAACUCCGCGAUAUGGACUCUGGUACUGUGGAUUGGGUGCUGGGCAAAUUAUAGGAGGAUUGAUAUCUUUCGGGGCUCAGCAUGCCCCUGCCAGUAUCUCAUUUGGUGGCUGGCGCAUAAUGUUCGUUGUCAUUGGUGCGGUCAAUGUCUUGGUGUCUCUUCUGGUUAUUUUUGUGCUGCCCGAAACCCCAGAUAAGGCCAAGUUUCUCACCCAGUCUGAGAAAGAUCGUGUGGCUCAGAGGCUCCAGAAUGAUCAGGCGGGUGUUGGAAUGAAGGUUUUCCGUUGGCGAUCUGUUCUUGAGGUGUUUGGGGAUCUCCAGACAUGGUUGUUGGUACUUUUAACCAUACUUAUCACGAUCCCCAGUGGAGUGAUAACUACUUUUUCUUCUAUUCUCAUCAAAGGAUUUGGAUAUGAUAGCAAGGCAAGCGCUUUGCUUAACAUGCCAUCUGGUGUCGUGAGUAUCCUUGCGACUAUGUUGUCUACAUAUGCAAUUUCCAAGGGAUUUUCCCGCUGGUUAGCUAUUGAUCUUUUGUUGAUCCCAACACUACUGGGGUCUUGUCUUAUGUCGUUUCUUCCAACAUCAAACAGAGGCGGGUGUCUAGCGGGUAUCUAUCUGGUGAACACGACGGUCGCACCACUUGCCCUGAUCUAUGCUUGGACGGGAGCAAAUUUUAAAGGAUAUACAAUGAAGGUUGCUGGAACUACACUUGUGUCUGCUGGGUUCAGUAUUGCAAAUAUCAUUGGCCCUCAGACUUUCCAGGCGAAGGACGCGCCCCAAUAUCUACCUGCCAAAACUACGCUGGUCGCUGUCAACGCGGCGGCAAUUGUGGUCUCAACGGCGUUGCGAAUCAUGUAUGGAGUUCGGAAUGCUACUGCUGAUCGUCUGGGGGCACCAGCGCGUAGCUCGAUGGAAGCACGUUUAGCAGGCAGAUCAAAUGUGCAAGAUGUUCAUGACGAUUCUGAUUUCCGUUAUGUUUAUUGA